AUGUGGCAACAAGUGCAGUUGGUGGAGACCCCACCGCUAGCCGAGGUUCUCCAGCGGCUGUGGACUCAUUUAAGGGAGGAGAUUCGAUUUCGCACCCUGCUCUACUAUCGCCUGAGCUCCUGCGACUGCUGGUUCGAAGGGAUUUUGGAAACUAGUAACUCAACGAACUUGUUGUGGGACGAUCGGACGUACCCGCAUUAUCUGAGACACCGACAGGAUAUGGACGUACUGGCAGUGGCUUGUCUGAGUUUCAGCGAAUAUAAUGAAGUUCUGAUUGCAUUAAGCCUAAUGCUGGACCAAAUACGCAGUAUGCCUGUGGUUUUGCAGCUUUGUGGUCAGGAAGAUCCGAUCCAAGAGCAGAAAUCAGCCUGGAUAUUACUGAAUCGAGUUCGCGAGCUAAAGAUGCCUAAUGUGCUGCUGCUUUCCUGGAAUUUUUUGAGCUCCAGAACAUUUUACGCCUUUGACUUCUUUCCGGAAUUCAAAGUUACAAGGCAAAUUUAUCAAUCAUGGCUCACCCUUUUUCCCUAUAAGCUGGGAAACCUUCAAGGACAUCCGAUUCUGACCUUGCCAGAUAAUUCCCAACCACAUACCAUUGUGCAAAAGGAUUCAAAUGGUUCCUUGGUCAUUUCCGGUGCCGUUUGGCGAUUUAUGCAGGAAUUCGUUCAAUAUAUCAACGGCAGUCUGCAGUUGCCGAUGGAUCCAGUUCCUGGCAGAACUCUGAGAUACGCAGAGGUCCUUGAUUUGGUAAGAAACCAAACGUUGGAUAUAGCUGCCAGUUUGAGGCCCUACAGACACGUUCAGCGUAGCAACCAACAUAUUUAUGGCUAUCCGAUGAUGGUGGGCAACUGGUGUUUGAUGUUGCCCACGGAAAGCGUACUAAGCAGCCACGAGGCAUUGAGCAGACUGAUGGAGUCACCUUGGAUCUGGUUGCUUUUGCUCAUCCUCUACAUUGGGCACACGUGGCUGACCCAAAAAAUGGAUCUAAAAUACCCCCUCAUUCACCUGUUGAAGCCCCUUACUUUCCUGGCGCUUCUCUGCCUUCUGCAGGCCCAACUUUCGGCCUACUUCAUUGGACCCCAGCAGGUGAAUCACAUAACCAGCAUGCAGCAAGUUCAGGACUCAGGUUUAAAAAUCAGGGGAAUGCGAGAGUUCAUGGAGUACCCCAUUGAUAUGAGAAGCAGGUACGCCUCCUCCUUUCUCCUACAUGAUCUCUUCUUCGAUUUGACCAAAUACCGGGACAGUUUCAACACCUCGUACGGCUAUACGGUGACUUCUGUUAAAUGGCAGUUGUACAAGGAGGCCCAGCGACAAUUUCGGCGUCCUUUGUUUCGCUACUCGGAGGACAUUUGUGUGCAGAAGCUGUCGCUUUUCUCGCUGAUCCUGCAAAGCAACUGUUUGUAUCGCUACCAACUGAAGGAGUUCAUCACCCGUCUGUACGAAACAGGACUUAUUCGAUUGUGGUAUCGGAGAUCCUACUACGUCAUGGUAAAGACGGGAAGUUUCCAUAUCGGGGACAUCCCCACAUCCCACCAGGCGCAGACAAUUCGUUGGUCGGAAUGGCAGUACGUGGUGGGAGUAUUCGGUAUGGGACUUUUAUUUUCAACGACAGUCUUCGUCAUUGAGCUUACUGUUCACUGUGUAAAUGUUUGCCUAGUCAACUUGUAA